AUGAACAGCAUAAACGCACAAUAUUGUAUCCCAGCUCCGGGUUACUGUAGUACGCUUGUCCGUCAAUCAUCGUCUGCUUCUGGUCACGGCGUCGUCGCCAAGAAGUUGAGUCGCGAGAAGAUUUCCAACAGUUUGGCGAAAAACACAGCUGCAUCCUCCGGAAAAGAAUAUCUGAAAAUGGUGAAACGGUCCUCAUCUGCUCAUUCGAGACUUAUGUCACAACGGACAUUCUCUGUUGAAUCCGGAUCGAUUGAUUCUUCGGAACCAUUGACUCCUCAACUAACUGCUCCAUCAGAAGAAUCGCGAUUUCACCUCGCUGGGAGCUGGAUGCUCAACUUCGAGUUGCUUCAGGAUAGUGGCUCCGUCAUUUGUGACGAUAACAUCUCCAACAUCAUCGACGAGCAUCUUGUCAAGACCAACAGCCCGCCACUAAUCUAUAUGGAGCCGCCAUGCACAUCGGACUCCAAUCAAAUAAAAGUAUUCUAUUAUCUGGACGAUGAGACAACGCCUUAUGUGUCUGUAAUUGAUACUCGAGAAGGCGUGGCGACCCUCGGAAACUUUAAAAAUUCGUUUACAAAAAGGGGUUACAAGUACUAUGGAAAGGAGUUGGACCCGGAUAUUCAGCGUGAAGUGAAAGUUGAAUUGACAUCAGACUCCGAUCGUUUACGAAAAUCUCAAAAUGGAUUUUUCGAAGUGUUUCUCGUAAGCACGCCAGGAUAUGGAACUCUUCCUCGAAACACCGGAACAAUGACGAGAACUCAAAGGACAGCACUUGAUAAAAGACGUCGGCGAAGUGCUGAUUUCGAUGCCACGCCCUAUUCAGAUGCCAGUCUUGCGCCGAGCACAAUUGUGAGCAGGAGAGCUGGUGAACAUCUCGCCGAGUUAUAUACAUCUAAUUCGGAAGAUCCAUAUCAAUACGAUGAGCAUACACGACGUACAAUUGAUGAUUCAUCAAUUUAUGAACCACUCGGUACUCGCGACAUGAAUAAAUUCCAUGACGAUGAUAGGAGAAAAAGGAAACAAAAGAAAGAAAGAUUCAGGAGGCCCUAUGUACCGAGUACUAUCAGUUCUGCAACAGAGUCAAGUGUUAAUAGUGGUUUGCCAAGAAUUUUGGAGAUUUAUUUGCCUAUGAAAAACGUUCCAUAUCUUGGAUUGAGUGUUUGUACUAUGGAUGGACAUAUUUUUGUGUCAGAAAUUGCACCAGAAGGAGCUGUUGAGAAAGACGGACGAGUGAAUGUGGGCGAUCAAAUUUUGCAAGUGAAUAGAGUUUCCUUCGAAGAUCUCAGUGGUCCACAAGCUGUCAGAGCUCUGAGAGAUGCUGCUGCCUCGAAGCGGCCGAUUACAUUGUACAUUAGCAAGUUUGCUCGAGGAGCCCCCAGUGAAUAUGAUGAUCCCUUGGCCUCCAUGGCAUCAGAAACUAUGCCGCUAGAUGUCGGGGUUUGGGUGGAAACAGCAGUGCAAAAUACAGAAAAGAUGAAAGCACUCGGAUUGGAUCCACAAGAACAAACAAUGACAUCAGUGGAUGACGGAACACUUCCAUUCACUUCAACCGCUUCUGAUGAUGAAGAGAGAAUUCUUUAUGAUCAGAGAAGGAAUGGAAUUCCAAGAGCGUUGCUGGAAGAAGCAGAGAGGAAAAAAGAGAAUGAGCGGAAUGAGAAAGCAGAACAACUCACAGAGCUCAUUGAUCCCAUCAUUGUUGUUCGAGCAAUGGCAAGACCCGAUUCUGGAUUAGUUGUGAAGAACAGAAAGUGGUUGAAGAUUCUGGUUCCCAUGUCUUUCAUUGGUUGUGAUCUAAUCGAUUGGCUAGUUGAACAUAUGACAGAUAUACACAGCCGGAAGCAUGCAAGAUUGUAUGCAGCGAGACUUUUAGCUGCUGGUCUGAUUCGACACGUUGUCAGUAAACUGACUUUCACUGAAAAGUGUUACUAUGUGUUCGGGGAUGGAAUUCUUUCCACUGAUCGUAAUUCAACUGACACUUCUGGAACAAGUGGGACGACGAUGCGUGUAGAAGCCACAACAGAAGUAACAUAUGUUGGAUCUCCUGCUCCACAUGCUUUGGCAACAAGGAUAGGUAGAAAUAUUCCUCCUCAUCGUCUAGAAACGACUACGUUAAGUCCGGUGGCUCAUGAUCAAACUUGGUUAAGGAGGCGUCGAGAUUGUGAAAGCCCGAUGACGAACGACUAUGCUUCAAUGGUUGGAGAGAGUCAAAUAGGAAUGAAUCCAGCUGGUCAUUAUAAUCCUUAUGCGACGAAAAACAAUCGACAAGUGCCCGCUCCUUCACAAGUGACGACAUCAAGUUUGACAAACGGAAGCGGUGGUAUUGGAGGGCCCCCACCGACACCUCUGUCCAGUACUAUGGUUCUAGCAGCGUCUCCGAUCCAAUCACAGAACAUCAUCAACCACGAUUUCGACGGGGAGAAUAAUAGCAAAUCGCGUAUUUUACGGACAUAA